AUGCCAGACCAUCUCCCGCCCUUCCUCGCCACUGACCCCCCUCCCACCCCGCCCCCCUCCCGCGCCAGGCUCCAAGCCCUCUACGCCGCCUCGUCCACCCAGCGCAGCUCCAACCCCACCGGCUACGCUGCCAACGCACAAUGGUGGGCUGCUGUCCUCGAAGAAACGCUCAGAUCCGGGUGGAUCAAUGGGGAGGGAGGAGACCGGCUGGUUGUGAAGGUUGAUGAGGCGCUAUCGGGGAGAUUGGAGGAUGAGAAGGGCUCGAGACCGGCGGGCCUUGGUGGGGUCGUUGAAUCGCUUGCUACGACUACGCCACCCACGCUUCACCCGCUCCCACACUUUCUCUCAUCCCAGGUGCCAUUGAACCUACCACCUUCUAUGACUUCUCGGUUCAUCGGACGUCCUUUAUGGUGGGCUUUUGGGCAGCUGAACCCUUUCGGUGGAGGGAGCGAUAAAGUCGAGAAAGAAGAAACGUUAUGGAAUCGCUACGGCAAGGGUAAAGAAUAUGCCCAUAUGCCUUUGCUCGAGCAAUCAGCAGCAGCUUUCACAGCCCACAUGCUCAAGAACCCCAUUCUCUCCUACACCUCCUCCCUAUUCGAUGCGGACUCUUUCCUAGAAGAGUAUGGACGAACGUGCUUCCCUAUGGGUCCGACGGCGAAGAAGCUUCCGAAAGGCGAUCAUCGUCUGAGUCGGCGCGAUGUGGAGGUCCUGGUCAAGUGGCUUUCGAGGGAUUGUCUUUUGACCGUCACUGAUGGAUCCGUUAUCAAGGUGCUGGAUACUGAUCAGGUCGCGGCGGAUCAUCCGAUCUCUGAGGCCGACCGAGGAGCCGUCUCGGUGAUGAACGCUCUGCGCAAAGUGGAAUUACAGAUCACCAGCAUAGAACAACAGAUCACAGAGUCGCAGCAAAAAGCUAAAAAGCACCUGGCAUCGGGGCAGAAGAAUAUUGCAUUGUCCUACUUGAGAUCCAAAAAGCAGCUGGAAGACCUCUUAAGCAAACGAGUUGCUUCGUCCGAACAGCUUAGAUCGGUCAUUCGAAGUAUUGAUCAAGCCAAGGGUGAUGUUGAAAUCAUGUCCGCGUACGAAACUUCUUCAUCCACCCUUACUCAAGUUCUCGCCCACCCCUCCCUCUCUCCCGACUAUAUCGCCCAGACUACCGAUGCGCUCGCAGACGCCAUGGCCGACCAAAGCGAGAUUGAUGAUGCUGUCAGGGCUGGCGGGGAAGUUGCGAUGGGAAGCAGGCGGGUGGAAGUGGACGAGGAUGAUCUUGCUGAUGAGCUGGCGGCGCUCGUGGAGGAGGAAAAGCAGGCAGAAGAGAAGAAGGUGUCGGAGAAGAGAGAGGAGGAAGAGGCGACCAGAGCUGCAUUGGAGAAACCUGAUCUUCCGACCGUCCCUGCAACUGCCCCUUCACUCCCGACGGAACCAACAGUCGUACCAACAGUCACCAAGCCUGCGGUGGACGAAGGUCUGUCGGAGGAAGAAAAAUUAUGGAGGCAGAGGUACGAAGAAUCUCAGAGGCAGAAAGAUGCUGAGAGGAAGAGGUUUGAGGAGGAGCGGCUGCGGAGGGAGGCAAAGAUGCAAGCGGCAGAGUAG